AUGGUUAAACAAUCUGAACAACCAAAAGUCAAAGGACAAAAAUUGAGCAGUAAACUAUCUGAGGUACCUCAAGAUCUAUUGGAACUUAUAUUUUACUUCAUACCUGAUGAUUAUUUGGAAACGUACAUUGAUUUGCCAUUCAUGGGAACAUAUGCUAUAAAUAGACUCUAUGGGUGUAUAGAGAUCACACCUUCAGAAUCAGGGUUGUGGGAGGAUUGGGCCCCAAAAGGUUACAGAUCUAUUUAUAAACGGAUAGUUAAUCCAAAGCUUCGUAUUCAACAUAUCAAGGAUGGCAGUAGUGGAGCUUGUUCAUAUAAGCGAUGGCGAAUCAAUCAACUCGUUCAAUUUUGCAAAGCAAAUAGCGCAUUUAGACCUAAGAUUGUGCAUUUCACGCUGACAGAACAGUUGGGUUGGCUCCAUGAACAUUAUCCUCAAAUUCUAAAUAAAUUGCCAAGAAUCGAUGUUUCAACGCCCAAAGACAAUCUGCGCAUUUGGAAAGUUGGUGAUUUUCCAAAAGAUUACUUACACCUAAUUUUGGACAACACGCUUUCUGAUGAUUUACUUCUUUUUAAAUCGGGCUGGGGUGAAAAUGUCAAAGAGCUUGAAUUAUACACGUCGGCCCUGAAGGAGCUCCCCAAAUUAUUUCCAAACUUACAAAGAUUACGAUUUGCGUUCGUGGACUUAUCGAAUGAGCCAUUGCCGAACUUACCAUCAAGUUUAAAAUUCUUGCAAAUAGCAACGAAUACCUUUGACAGGUUUGAUGUUUCUCAUCUACAAAAUUUGAAGCAGAUUGUGUUUGAAUGUUCGGAAGCGAUAGGUAGAUUGGAUAGAUUCAAAUUCCCUCUUGGAAUUGAACGGAUAUUUGUAAGGGGAGCUACGAAUAUGGACUUCAGAAUAAACAUAGAAAGUUUGGAUAGUAUACAAUUAUACACUAAUCUAAAAGAGCUUCAGAUUGGAAAUCAUGGCCUAUCUAACAAAACCGAAAUAUUUUCAAAAAGAAUUUGCUUUCCUGAAAAUUUACAAAAACUAGAAAUCAGUUUAUUUCAAUCUAAUCGUGUCACGGACUCUAAUACCCCAUUCGCCACCGUGGGGAAGGAUUUUCAUGUUCCUAAUAACUUAAAGGUCCUACUACUCAGAACUCCCCAAAUUAGUUAUCUGCCUGAGCAAUUGGCGUUGCCUGACUCAUUAAGGGUCUUGUCAAUUUUAACUCAAUUCAAAGGGAGAGAGAAAGAAGAGCAUUGGCGUCUUGCAAGAUUUCCUCCUUCUCUACUUGAACUAACCCUUCUGCUUACUAGAAUAGAAGGAGUUACAUUUCCCAAAUCGUUGCAGCGUCUACAAAUAACUACCGGUUAUCCGAUUGAACCCAUGAAAUUCCUUGAAUUUGAGAAUUUAGUUCAGCUUAAAAUUACAAUCAAGAAUAUGGAGGAAUUUAUAUUUAAAUUUCCAUCCAGUUUGAAGAUUUUGGAAGUAAAGAAUAACAAAACUCUUAAGAAGGUUAAGAUUGAAGCUGAAAAUUUGAAACUGAUUCAAUUUUCAUCAUUUAGAUUUGAGUACUUGGAUGCUUCUGUUUUUCAACUUCCUGAUUCUGUUGAUCUGCUUUCUUUGACUAUUCAGCAGGGUAUUGUUACUGCUACAGCAAAUGUCUUUCCCCCAUUGUUAAAGGAACUAUAUUUAAAACUGUGCAAAAUAACAUCUGAUAUCUUAGGGGAACUUCACUUAGAAGCUUAUAAAAAACUUGUCAGAUUGGAUUUACUGAAUAAUAUGAUUUCUCGGUUAGAGAACAAUGCAUUUCCAAUAUCGUUACAGGAUUUACGAAUUGAUGACAAUCCGAUUUCCAUGUUUGUCAAUCCCGAUGUAUUUAUGGAACUAGCAAACUUAUGGGAAUUGAGUAUGGCUCAUCAAUUAAUAAGGACUACCGAAUCUGGAUAUUUGUGGCGAAGUACAAAGGUCUCUAAAUUAGCUAGUUAUUUCCAAUCAGACGAUCGGAAUACGUUAAAUUUUCCAUCAUCUUUGAUGAGUUUGAAUCUUGCUAAUAAUUGUCUACAAAAGGGAGUGGCUGCAAAACUCAACUUUCUGACCUGCAGUCAACUACAGGAAUUGAGUUUGGAUGCAAAUUGGGAAAUGACAGAUGUACAAGUUAUUGUAGACCAAUUAAAAUCGUCGAGUCCAGAUAUGGUUGAGCUACUCUUGGAUCGUCGGCUUCGAGGGUAUGUUACUGAAGAAGAGAUUAAUUUCUUGAGUUUUUCUUAA